CAUCCAUCGGUCCAUCCAGACCUCAUCACUCCCGCUACGCACGCUCUCCCUCCCCCCUCUCUCUCUCGCAACAACAAAACCCACGCCAAUUCCGCGCAAACCCCACCGGACACUCUCGCCGUCGAUCCUCCCCCGCCCCCGCCCGUGCAGAUGCAGACACUCACAGCGUCCAGCUCGGUCUCCUCCAUACAGCGGCACCGGCCGCACCCCGCGGGCCGCCGGUCCAGCUCGGUCACCUUCUCCGCCCGCGCCGUCAGCUCCGCGCCGCGCGCGCCGGCACCGUCCCGGUUCGUGCGCGGCGCCGACGCGGCGCCCGCCAAGCCCCUCAUUGCCGUCCCCAAGCCGCCCGCCGUGGAGAGGCAGGAGAAGAAGCUCAACUUCUUCCAGCGCGCCGCGGCCACGGCGCUCGACGCGUUCGAGGAAGGAUUCGUGGCCAACGUGCUCGAGCGCCCGCACGGCCUCUCCAGGACGGUCGACCCCGCGGUGCAGAUCGCCGGCAACUUCGCGCCUGUCGGGGAGACACCUCCUGUGCAGGCGCUGCCCGUGACCGGCCGCAUCCCCCCGUUCAUCAACGGCGUGUACGCCCGCAACGGCGCCAACCCGCACUUCGACCCCGUCGCCGGGCACCACCUGUUCGACGGCGACGGCAUGGUCCACGCUCUGCGCAUCCGCAACGGCGUCGCCGAGACCUACGCCUCCCGGUUCACCGAGACGGAGCGCCUGCAGCAGGAGCGCGCGCUGGGGCGCCCGAUGUUCCCCAAGGCCAUUGGUGAGCUCCAUGGCCACUCUGGGAUCGCGCGCCUUGCUCUGUUCUACGCGCGCGCGGCCUGCGGCCUCAUCGACCCCUCGCGCGGCACCGGCGUGGCCAACGCCGGCCUGGUCUACUUCAACGGCCACCUCCUCGCCAUGUCCGAGGACGACAUCCCGUACCACGUCCGCGUCACCGACGACGGCGACCUCCAGACCGUCGGCCGCUACGACUUCGACGGGCAGCUCGAGUGCCCCAUGAUCGCGCACCCCAAACUCGACCCCGCCACCGGGGAGCUCCACGCGCUCAGCUACGACGUCAUCAAGAAGCCUUACCUGAAGUACUUCUACUUCGCGGCCGACGGCACCAAGUCGGCCGACGUCGAGAUCCCGCUGGACCAGCCCACCAUGAUCCACGACUUCGCCAUCACCGAGAAUUACGUGGUCGUGCCCGACCACCAGGUGGUGUUCAAGCUGCAGGAGAUGCUGCGCGGCGGCUCGCCCGUGGUGCUCGACAAGGAGAAGACGUCCCGCUUCGGCGUGCUGCCCAAGUGCGCCGCCGACGCGUCGGAGAUGGUGUGGGUGGACGUGCCGGACUGCUUCUGCUUCCACCUCUGGAACGCGUGGGAGGAGGAGGAGACCGACGAGGUGGUGGUGAUCGGCUCCUGCAUGACCCCCGCCGACUCCAUCUUCAACGAGUCGGACGAGUGCCUCGAGAGCGUGCUCACGGAGAUCCGCCUCAACACCCGCACCGGCGAGUCCACGCGGCGCCCCAUCCUGGCGCUGUCAGAGCAGGUGAACCUGGAGGUCGGCAUGGUGAACUCCAACCUGCUGGGCCGCAAGACGCGGUACGCCUACCUGGCCGUGGCCGAACCGUGGCCCAAGGUGUCCGGCUUCGCCAAGGUCGACCUGGCCACGGGCGAGCUCACCAAAUUCGAGUACGGCGAGGGCCGGUUCGGCGGCGAGCCCUGCUUCGUGCCCAUGGACCCGGCCACGUCCCGCGGCGAGGACGACGGGUACAUUCUCACCUUCGUGCACGACGAGGCCGCCGGCACGUCGGAGCUGCUGGUGGUCAAUGCCGCCGACAUGCGGCUGGAGGCGACCAUCCAGCUGCCGUCCCGCGUGCCAUACGGGUUCCACGGCACCUUCAUCACCGGCAAGGAGCUCGAAUCCCAGGCCUGAGCCGAUCGAGCCCCGCCCAGCUUGCCGCCCUCCACGUUUCCCGGAGGACGGCAAGAAACAGAGGAGGACAUGGAAAGAGGAAGUUGCCAGAGGGAGCCUUAUUAGGCAUAGGAGAUCCCCGGAAUCUUCCCUUCCAUUCCCCCACUGCAGUUAGCUCACACCAGUAGUAGUUGGUCAUACUCUGUUCAUAUUCAGUUAGCUCACACUUGCUUCACUUCACACCAGUGUAAUUAACUAGUGCUUGUAGUAAAACCUAGCCGUCACUCAUGGUGGCAGCAGGGAGGGAGGAUUAGAGAUAGGGAGAGAGAGAGAGGAAGAGGGGUCCAGCUUGUAGCUGCUCUGCCGGUGCUUGCUUCUACAGAGCGACCGUAGCUCAGCUGGUGCCCGCUGCUAUAGUUAUAUUGUUCUUCAUUUCAUUUUCUUUACACAUGUAUAUUUAGAUGUGUAUGUAUAUGUAUAUGCUCCGGACUCCGGUUGUUGUCA